AUGCUCACCGCACGCACAUCCGCCGCGCUUCGUGCGCACCUCGGACGACGCAUGACCGCCGGCUCCGCACGAACGACGACCGCCCGCAUGCAAUGGGGACAGGCAACGGGGCGGGCAUAUUCGUCGGGGCGGCCGGAGGCGAAGAGUAAUGAUCUGAUUUGGGCGUUGGUGGCGACGGCGGUGACGGCUCCGGCGGCGUAUAUCUUGUGGGACGGCGGACAGAAGAAGUUGGCUGAGGUGAAGGCGCACGCGGCGCAUGCACAUGAGGAGCAUGCGGAGGAGCAUGUGGAGGGGGCGGAAACGACGGAGCAGGAGGCGAAGGAGGAGGAGAAGUCGGAGGCGGUUGAGGAGCCGAAGGAGGAGAAGAAGGAGGAGGAGGAGGUGAAGGAGGAGAAGGUGAAGGAGAAGAAGGAGGAAGAGAAGGAGGAGGAGAAGCCGGCUGAGGAGAAGCCGGUUGAGGAAGAGAAGAAGGAGGAGAAGCCGGAGGAGAAAUCAGAGGACAAGCCAGAGACCAAGUCGGAGGCCACGCCCGUCGAGGAGGCCGCUCCGUCGAAGGUACCGUUCCUCCUCGCGAUCACUACAUUCGUUCCAAUCACAUUACUAACGUCUGCCGCAGAAGGACGAGCCUACACUCGAGGCCGCGACGCCCGUGGAAAAGUCAUAGAACGUGCAUCACACCCCGCGUGCCGUGCCUUAGCGAUGGAUAUCCGGAGCCAAUGA